ACAGUGAAGUUAAUACCCAAAGUUGGAGUUAUCUAUCCGCUGUUUGUUACUAAAGCUAUAUGUGAGAUUUGGCUUCUAAAACUCACAUAUGGUGCAUAUCUGGUUUUGUUCUUAAAAUCGGGUAUUACAAAAACUGGCAGCAGAAAGGUAUGUAUUUGUGUAACAGUACUUGUGUCUCAUUAUUUCCUUGGUGGUUCUGAUGGUGUAGUGGUAGUAGGUUUUAUCUUAAAGUACAUUUUCUCCCUAACUGCAUACAUAUGGAGUAGAAAUUGCAUUUUCAAAGAACAAGACAACUAGAAAGAGGGUCACUGGUACAUGGGCUCCAAAACUGGCAGCAGAAAGGUAUGUAUUUGUGUAACAGUACUUGUGUCUCAUUAUUUCCUUGGUGGUUCUGAUGGUGUAGUGGUAGUAGGUUUUAUCUUAAAGUACAUUUUCUCCCUAACUGCAUACAUAUGGAGUAGAAAUUGCAUUUUCGAUAAGUAAUAGUUACACUAAUUGAAAUGUGCAAUUUUCUUUUCCAUUGUCUGAAAUUAUCAGCAUGGUAUAAAUGGUAGAACAAUUGAUUCUGCCUUCAAAUUUGUGGAGUUUAUAAUUCGUGCUGUAUCUAAACUUGACUAUGUCUUGAAGAAAUUAUCAGAUACUAAUCCCACUUUAGAUUCUUUUGCACUACCAGGCUGCAGAUCUAAACAAAUAUUUGUAGAUGGGAUCUUCAUGAAAUCAACAUAAACUUCACGCAAUUUUGCAAUGGAAUGGUGAUGCACUCUAUACUGAAUCUAGAUUACAUGAAUAAAGAAAGGUGGAGAUGAAUUCAAGAGAAGAUUGGAUUGCACAUGAAGUACCUUGGUCACCUCUUCUGGACGGUGAGGAGUAUUUCGGGAGUCCGGAGCUCUUUGGGGACCAGCAGGAGUACGUGAACCAAGAUGCCGCCUGUCACGAGGUCUCGCCGUGCCAGCACCAGGAGCUACAUCUCUCAGUUCACGCCCCAGUCGUCCCAGCCAGUGGUGGACAUCUCCGACGACGAGACUGUCCCUAUGGAGGAAGAGGAUCCGACGAUGAUGACAGAGGUGGAUGAUGAUGAUGAAAACUGGAUGGACUCUCCUGUAGCAGCUGCACCUGUUCCACCCAUUGCACCCGCGUCACCAGCUGUUCCAGUGGCACCUGCUGCACCUACACCACCAGCUCCACCAGUUGCACCUGCUGCCCCUGCUGUACCAGAGGUGGUGCCUCUAGAUGGUCCUGAGGAAGAAGACCCAGGAUGGACUACCACUAUCCACUACAAGUAUCCUUCACUGACAGCCUACUUCCACAACUUGCUUAGGGAGAUGUUGGAUGCUUACUAUGCUGAUAAGGAGAUUGGCAUCAGGUACUGCUGUGCAGAGUACACACACCCCUAUGAGGCCACAUACUGGAGGUCGGAUCUUACCAUCACAGUGGGGAAUGAGGCACAUGACAGCUAUAUGGUAGAGAGCAUUCACGGUCACAUUGCUAGGCGAGCUGAGGCACAGGACAGCAUGGAGGACGCCGUCCAGAUGGCGUACACUCACUACCAUGGCCUUCGCUAUGAGGCCAUGACAGCAGACCAGUACAAGUUCCUCCCUCGCCAUGAUUCUACUAUUGGUACUUGGUCCAUCGAGAACCCGCAGGAGGUUGACACGCCAUUGGAUGCAACUGUUAGGCAUAUGCAUGUCCUGCAGAUGGCCAAUGAUGAUCUACAGGAGGAGCUACGUGACCAGUAGGAUUCCCUAGAUCGCUUCCAAGAGAUGGUUGACAGCCUUACAGAGCAGCUUGAGUUGCCACCGCUCUACAAGAAGAAGACCGCACCACCUAGCAUCUCCGGCGACGCACCAUAGGCCUAGGAUGCCAUAGUUGUUUUAUUUCGUAGUCCCGUUGUGUCAGUUGAGUUGAAGUGUUUGUGAACAAUUGAUGUGUCCGUUGAAUUUGUUUAUGUAUUUUCAUGAUUCGAAUCUUUGUAAUGACUGCUGGAAGGUUGUGGAUUUAUCCACAAACUUCUGUUAUCUUAAGUUUAUUGAUCGAAUGCUUAGUUGGGUUGGUAUA